GUCUUGGCUCUCGCGCCAAAAUGCGUGCAUGCGUUUGCAGACGAUUGGAGGGCGAAGAAAGCAGUGGCGAGUGCCCAAGACCUUGAAGCCUUUCGAGUACAGCCGGUUAAAUUUUCGCGCUAGUAUAUAAGCCAUCCGUAGAGACUGCCGGGCACAAGAGCCGCAUCAGGUUCACGAGACGAACAGUAUCAUGGCUUUCAGCAAAGUGGUCUUCCUCUUGGCAGCUCUCCUGGCCACCUUGGUCUGCGUGAGCUAUGCGCUUGAAAAUGUGGAGGAGCGUCAGGGUGGCGGACUAGGAGGGCGUGAUAGCUACGGCAGCGGCGGCGGAAGCAACUAUGGCAGCAGUGGCAGUGGUCGUCGUAGUGGCAGCGGCUUUGGUGGUAGCCAGGGCGGAAGCCUGGGUAGCCGUGGAGGAGGUUUCGGCAGCCACAGCGGAGGAAGCCACGGUGGUAGCCACGGAGGUAGCCACGGCGGCUUGGGUGGUAGUAGCCAUGGAAGCUUUAGUGGACGCGAUGGUUACGGUAGUGGUGGUAGCCUUGGCGGCAGCGGGAGCCGUGGUGGCCUCGGCAACCUUGGCGGAGGUAGCCGAGGUGGCCUCGGUGGCUCUGGCGGAGGUAGCCGAGGUGGUAGUCGGGGGGGAAGCUACUGAGCCGGACGAUGAUUCGUUCACACGGGCCCUGGGCACCUGCAAGACGGCGCCGUUCCUGGCGAAAGUCACUGGAUGGUGUCUCAUCUCGUGACCAGCUCCUGCUGAUCUGAUGCUUCACUCUGCUGUCCCAGAGACUGAGACCAACUUCCUUUGGGCAUUAGUGCUGUGAUCACCUUCUCUUGUUUU